CCCGAAGGCGGCUCAGGUCAGAGUUGUUGGGUUUUGCUCAGGCUGCUGUAGGAAGAACCAGCCUGUGGGGAGCGGCUACAUCUUACUGCUGGAGCUUGCCCAUUAGCUAAGAAGGCGGCCGAGUGGGCCCCCUGGCAGGUCACCAUGUGGGCCUUCCCGGAGUUGCCUAUGCCGCUGUUGGUGAAUUUGAUCGGCUCGCUGAUGGGAUUUGUGGCCACACUCACCCUUAUCCCUGCUUUCCGAAGCCACUUCAUCGCCGCGCGCCUCUGUGGCCAGGACCUCAACAAAUCCAGCCGGCAGCAAAUCCCAGAGUCCCAGGGAGUGAUCAGCGGUGCUGUUUUCCUUAUCAUACUCUUCUGCUUCAUCCCUUUUCCUUUCCUGAACUGCUUUGUGGAGCAGCAGUGUAAAGCCUUCCCCCACCAUGAAUUUGUGGCCCUGAUAGGUGCGCUCCUUGCCAUCUGCUGCAUGAUUUUCCUGGGCUUCGCGGAUGAUGUGCUGAAUUUGCGCUGGCGCCAUAAGCUGCUGCUGCCCACAGCUGCCUCACUACCUCUCCUCAUGGUCUAUUUCACCAACUUUGGCAACACGACCAUUGUGGUACCCAAGCCCUUACGCCCGAUCCUUGGCCUGCAUCUGGACUUGGGGAUCCUGUACUAUGUCUACAUGGGGCUGCUGGCAGUGUUCUGUACCAAUGCCAUUAAUAUUCUAGCAGGAAUUAAUGGCCUUGAGGCUGGCCAGUCACUCGUCAUUUCUGCUUCCAUCAUUGUCUUCAACUUGGUGGAGCUGGAUGGUGAUUAUCGAGAUGAUCACAUCUUUUCCCUCUACUUCAUGAUACCCUUUUUUUUCACCACCUUGGGACUGCUCUACCAUAACUGGUACCCAUCACGGGUGUUUGUGGGAGAUACCUUCUGUUACUUUGCUGGCAUGACCUUUGCCGUGGUGGGCAUCUUGGGACACUUCAGCAAGACCAUGCUCCUCUUCUUCAUGCCCCAGGUGUUCAACUUCCUCUACUCACUGCCUCAGCUCCUGCAUAUCAUCCCCUGUCCUCGCCACCGUAUGCCCAGACUCAAUACCAAGACAGGCAAACUGGAGAUGAGCUAUUCCAAGUUCAAGACCAAGAGCCUCUCUUUCUUGGGCACCUUUAUUCUAAAGGUAGCAGAGAACCUUGGGCUACUGACGGUGCGCCACAGUGAGAAUGAGGAUGGUGCCUUCACUGAAUGUAACAACAUGACCCUCAUCAACUUGCUACUUAAAGUCUUUGGGCCCAUGCAUGAGAGAAACCUCACCCUCUUCCUGCUGCUGCUACAGGUCGUCGGUAGUGCUGUCACCUUCUCCAUUCGGUACCAGCUUGUCCGACUCUUCUAUGAUGUCUGAGCCCCCGAUCCAUUGCCCUUUGCUUCACAGCCUCCGGGGUUCCUGACUCAGGCCAACAUCUCCUGGACCAAGACUGCCAACUAGCCCAGGCCUCUCCCACCCUUUAUUUUCCUCCAGAUUUUGUUCUCAGCAUUUCCUUUCCCCUGUGAUUAUUGACACAUGGGCCUGUCUUGCUCUCUAAUGACUGGUGAUUGGACUUCGCCUAUGGCUUUCUUCAGCUUGCCACUCUCCCUCUCCAUCCCAUCUUUGCUGCCUCCUAAGUUGGGGUACUGUAGCUUUUAUGCAGUUGCCCACAACUCUGACACUCAAGGAAAAUGCUGGACUUGGGGACAGAACCCUGGCUGGGGAUAGAGACACAGGAUCAAAGGUGACUUGACAUUUGACUAUAAAUUAAGUAUUCUGAUGAUUAAGAGCAGACC